UCCUGGGCGGUCCUAGCCGCUCACCGCAAGAAGAAAAGCCACCCAUUCGUCCCCCUUCCCCUACCUCCAAUCCUUUGCCCAGGAGCUGCCUUCAUCGCAGUCACGCCCCUUCCUUCCGAGGAGCUUUCUGGCUGCCUAAGCUGGUAGACCCCCUGAUUUAUUCCUCCAUCUCCGCUCCCUUUCGCCUCAUCUUCUCUUAGUUCUCACAGCCCCCUCCACCCCCACCUCCAGUCUGUCUCGCCUCGGACCAUCCGCUGCUCCACCCUCCGGCCCGGUGUCCAGCCUGUGCACUGCCACCAAGGAGAGCCCGGACGGAGCAGCGAGGAGGGGAGCAGCCGGGAGUUGGGGCUUCCCUCCUGCCUAUCCCUGGCCUCUGGCCCGGGACCGAAGCCAUUUGAGCGAGCAGAGUCGUCACCUUGUCUUCGUUGCCUUCAGGGAGCUGCGGAGAAGGACAAAUAAGAUAACAGAAGUGAAAGAGCUCUUGUCUCCUUAGAAGAAAGGCUGAGAAACUUAAGAGUGACCAGUGGUUGGACUCUUGGCGGCGCUUACCCUGAACCUGAGUGUUAGGGGAGAGGGAAUCUGCCGUUGCGGUUUCUGGAGCUGCUCAUAAGCAAGAAUUCCCUAUCCUGAGCAAGGCUUUAAGCCUAAAAGAAAGCAGAAAUAGGUCAAGGGCAGCCCAGGUGCCCAAUUUCUCUCUCUCUUCACAAGGCACCACCAGCAAUAGAGAUGAGAAAUUCUGAAGAACAGCCAAGUGGAGGAACCACAGUAUUGCAGCGUCUGCUACAAGAGCAGCUCCGCUAUGGCAAUCCUAAUGAGAAUCGCAACCUGCUUGCCAUACACCAGCAAGCCACAGGGAACGGCCCUCCUUUCCCCAGUGGCAGUGGGAACCCAGGCCCUCAGAAUGAUGUGUUGAGUCCCCAAGACCACCACCAACAGCUUGUGGCUCAUGCUGCUCGACAAGAACCCCAGGGGCAGGAAAUCCAGUCAGAAAACAUCAUCAUGGAGAAGCAGCUUUCCCCUCGAAUGCAGAAUAAUGAAGAACUCCCGACCUAUGAGGAAGCCAAGGUCCAGUCCCAGUACUUUCGGGGCCAACAGCAUGCCAGUGUCGGAGCUGCCUUCUAUGUCACUGGAGUGACCAACCAGAAGAUGAGGACUGAGGGACGCCCGUCAGUUCAGCGGCUCAAUCCUGGAAAGAUGCAUCAGGAUGAAGGACUCAGAGACCUUAAGCAAGGACAUGUUCGCUCCUUGAGUGAACGACUAAUGCAGAUGUCACUGGCCACCAGCGGAGUUAAGGCCCAUCCGCCUGUUACCAGCGCUCCCCUCUCCCCACCACAACCCAAUGACCUCUACAAGAAUCCCACAAGUUCCAGUGAAUUCUACAAGGCCCAAGGGCCACCUCCCAGCCAGCAUAGCCUGAAGGGCAUGGAACACCGAGGCCCCCCACCAGAGUAUCCCUUCAAGGGCAUGCCACCCCAAUCUGUAGUGUGCAAGCCCCAAGAGCCAGGGCACGUCUAUAGUGAGCAUCGUCUGAACCAGCCAGGGAGGACAGAGGGGCAACUGAUGAGGUAUCAGCAUCCCCCUGAGUAUGGAGCAGCCAGACCAACGCAGGACAUCUCAUUGCCGUUGUCAGCCCGGAACUCUCAGCCACACAGCCCUACUUCUUCCCUCACGUCUGGGGGUUCCUUACCCUUGCUGCAGUCUCCACCGUCCACUAGAUUGUCUCCUGCCCAACACCCCUUGGUCCCAAACCAAGGAGACCACUCAGCUCACCUGCCUAGGCCGCAGCAGCAUUUCCUUGCUAACCAGGCUCACCAGGGGGAUCAUUACCGUCUCCCCCAGCCUGGCCUGAGUCAGCAGCAGCCGCAGCCGCCGCCGCCGCCACACCAUCACCACCAUCACCAGCAGCAGCAGCAGCCAGGAGAAGCCUAUUCAGCUAUGCCUCGGGCUCAGCAGUCGUCUGCUUCGUAUCAGCCAAUGCCAGCCGACCCUUUUGCCAUUGUUUCCAGAGCCCAGCAGAUGGUUGAGAUUCUCUCAGAUGAGAACCGGAACUUGCGGCAGGAGUUGGAAGGAUGCUACGAGAAGGUGGCGAGACUGCAGAAGGUGGAGACAGAAAUCCAGCGUGUCUCAGAGGCAUAUGAGAACCUUGUGAAGUCAUCCUCCAAAAGAGAGGCCCUGGAGAAAGCCAUGAGAAACAAGCUUGAGGGCGAGAUUCGGAGGAUGCAUGACUUCAACAGGGAUCUGAGAGAGCGUCUAGAGACGGCCAACAAGCAGCUUGCAGAGAAGGAAUAUGAGGGGUCAGAAGAUACCAGAAAAACCAUCUCUCAGCUCUUUGCAAAAAAUAAGGAGAGCCAGCGGGAGAAGGAGAAACUGGAAGCGGAGCUGGCCACUGCCCGUUCUACCAACGAGGACCAAAGGCGACACAUCGAAAUCCGAGACCAGGCCCUGAGCAACGCCCAGGCCAAGGUGGUAAAGCUGGAGGAAGAGCUGAAAAAGAAGCAAGUGUACGUAGAUAAGGUGGAAAAGAUGCAGCAAGCUCUUGUACAGCUCCAGGCAGCAUGUGAAAAACGAGAGCAGCUGGAGCACCGUCUCCGGACACGACUGGAGAGAGAACUGGAAUCCCUCCGAAUACAGCAGCGCCAGGGCAACUCUCAGCCCACCAAUGUUUCAGAAUACAAUGCCGCUGCACUGAUGGAGCUCCUUCGUGAGAAGGAGGAGAGAAUCCUGGCCCUGGAAGCUGACAUGACUAAGUGGGAGCAGAAGUAUUUAGAGGAGAAUGUGAUGAGACAUUUUGCUCUGGAUGCUGCCGCCACCGUAGCUGCUCAGAGGGACACAACAGUCAUCAGCCACUCUCCUAACACCAGCUAUGACACAGCUCUAGAAGCUCGCAUCCAGAAGGAGGAAGAAGAAAUCUUGAUGGCCAACAAGCGUUGCCUUGACAUGGAGGGCAGGAUUAAGACCCUCCAUGCCCAGAUUAUUGAGAAGGAUGCCAUGAUCAAGGUACUCCAGCAGCGUUCCCGGAAGGAGCCAAGUAAGACAGAGCAGCUGUCAUCCAUGCGGCCGGCAAAGUCUCUGAUGUCCAUUUCCAAUGCUGGAUCAGGCUUACUCUCCCAUUCUUCCACCCUGACUGGCACCCCCAUCAUGGAAGAGAAGCGGGAUGACAAGAGCUGGAAGGGGAGCCUAGGUAUCCUCCUGGGUGGAGACUACCGUGCCGAGUCUGUCCCUUCCACCCCCUCGCCUGUGCCGCCCUCGACUCCGCUACUGUCAGCUCACUCCAAGACAGGCAGCCGGGACUGCAGCACGCAAACAGAACGGGGAACGGAACCCAACAAAACCGCAGCUGUCGCUCCCAUCUCUGUUCCUGCUCCAGUUGCCGCUGCCGCCACUGCUGCCGCCAUCACUGCCACCGCCGCCACCAACACCGCCACCGCUGCCACCAACACCACCACCAUGGUAGCUGCUGCUCCAGUGGCUGUCGCUGCUGCCGCGCCCACCGCCGCCACCGCCGCCGCCGCCGCCCCGUCUCCGGCGACCGCUGCUGCUGCUCUUGCUGCCGCUGUUUCUCCAGCUGCUGCCGCUGCUGUUGCUGCUGCUGUUGUUGCUCCUGCUGCCGCUGCCGCUGCUGCUGCUGCGGUUCAGCUUGCUCCAGCUGCCCCGGCUCCGGUUCCAGCUCCGGCUCCAACUCCAGUUCCGGCUUCAGCAGCGGCUCAGGCUUCUGCUCCAGCUCAGACUCAGGCACCAGCUCCAGCUCCGGCUGCAGCUGCUCCUCCAGCUCCAGCUCCAACUCCAGCUUUGGCUCAGGCUGAGGCUCCUGCAAGUCCAGCUGCCGGGUCUGGACCACGUCGUUUGUCUAUACCAGGUUUGAGCUGCAAUCCAGAUAAGACAGAUGGCCCUGUUUUCCACUCCAGUACUCUGGAAAGAAAAGCUCCCAUUCAGAUCCUGGGACAAGAGCCUGAUGCCGAGAUGGUGGAAUAUCUCAUCUAAAUGGCCUAACCAACAGCUGCAGUUUAUCAGCAAGAAUGCUUUUAAUCAUUUUUCCCUUUUGUUUGUUCUUAUUUUGAGGGUGAGGACAAGGGUUGGGUGGGGGGAUGUUUUUUAAAGGGACUUUUUAUUGAAACAACAUAGUACUUAGGUAAUACCAUAUGAACUCCAGUCUGUUCUGGUACACUUAGAGAGUACCUCUAAAGCCAGAUCAAUCAGAAUGUGCUCUAAAGUUUAUUGUUUGGAUUUAUACAAAUUCUGGGACUGUUAAUAGCUGGAUAUACAUCAAUGUUUUCAAUGUGCUGAAAUUUGUUUAGCAUUUCCAUAUUCUGGAUCAUUCUUUUACCGAAGAGCACAGUAUGUUUGGAAGACAGUGUGUAACAUGUAGUUCAGAAGUCGAAGUCAGAGAGGAUUUGGGUGUGUGCUGUUUUGUAUAGUUUCCAUCUAGGCAGCAUCCAGAGAGAGCUCUCGCCUCGGGCGCAUGAAAGGGAAUAGUUUUAAGAGCUAUGUAAACUGGAGAAAAGGUAGGGAGUAUUGGGGUGUGGAAGGGUGCUGGAGCUAAUUUUCCCUCCCAAUUUCCCAGCUACCCUGGGCCAGGAGAUUGUGUUUAUCUUUAUUUCAGUGGUGCUUUGGAAGUGGAUUCUUUUGGUUCCCUCGUGGAGGUUCAUACAUUCAUAUAUAUACUGUGGAGUAAUUUAUGCAUUUGGAUAAUUAAUAUAUUGCUUUCAGAUGCUAGGAGAGUAAAUUAGCUGAGUGAUGUACAACUUCUUCUCUCGUAGGGAGUUAGACCAUCCGAGGCCUUGAUGGAGAGUUGCAUGAGGUGCUGUAUGCAGACUUGUGUGGUCUGUGUGUAGCCAGGAACAUAGCUCGCUUGCCUUUCCCGAGACCAACCUGCUUGGUGUUUAUUUCUUCUCCAGCACAAACUCACUGGCUGUGUCACCAGUCUCAAAUUGCCAAUCGUUUGCAAAAUGAGGAAGCGUUUUUGUUGACAGGUUGAAUGCUUUGAAUUUCUGGUGACUACUUUGAAAUAACUCAUGUUGUUUUCCCAAAUUCUUAGCAUACGUCUUAAAAGGCAUAUAUGACUAUCACCUCCAAGGGAAUAGCAUCAGAAGCCCAAAGUACUAUGCUGCAGUCAGGGGAGAGGGGGGCUGCAGCAGUACCCUCAGCUACCUCUUCUCACUGCCAGUGACUCCAUCUUGGAAUACCUUUGGAGAGCAGCAGGAAACGCACAUGUGGGCAGGGACCAAGGAGGCCAUGGCUCCAAGCUUUGCCUUAGGUCUGCCUCCAGGGACACAGAAGGGCUGCCUAUUGCCACAGGUCUCUGCCCUGUGUCGCCUCUCUGCCUUUCAUUAAGGUGACAAAUCCAUAGACAGUGUCAUUAAGAUCAGUUUUCAGGGGUAUU